AUGGCUUCAAGAAAGAAGGUCUUGCUGAAGGUUAUUAUCCUAGGUGAUAGCGGUGUGGGAAAGACAAGUUUGAUGAACCAAUAUGUCAACAAGAAGUUUAGUGCAAGCUACAAGGCGACUAUCGGGGCGGAUUUCUUGACAAAGGAGGUCCUGGUUGAUGAUCGAUUAGUUACAAUGCAGCUUUGGGAUACAGCAGGUCAGGAACGGUUCCAAUCUUUGGGGGUCGCAUUUUACAGAGGAGCGGAUUGCUGUGUUCUCGUCUAUGAUGUCAAUAAUUCAAAAAGUUUCGACACAUUGGAUAGUUGGAGAGACGAAUUCUUGAUCCAGGCCUCGCCCAGAGAUCCAGAAAACUUCCCGUUUGUCGUUUUAGGCAACAAAAUUGAUGUCGAGGAGAACAAGAGAGUGAUAUCUUCGAAACGGGCCAUGACUUUCUGUACUUCGAAAGGCAAUAUUCCAUACUUCGAAACGAGUGCAAAGGAGGCCAUCAAUGUUGAGCAGGCCUUUGAAGUCAUUGCAAGAAACGCCCUAGCACAGGAGGAAUCGGAAGAAUACAACGGAGAUUACUCGGAUCCUAUUAACAUCCAUAUCGAGAACGAGGGAAAUGACUGUCCUUGUUAA